AUGCUGAGGUCGCUGAGCGACAAUGGGCAGGUGUCGGUCCUGGCCGUGGACAGCACGAGGCUCGUGGCGGAGGCAGCCUCGCGGCACGGCACGGCGCCUACCGCCACGGCGGCCCUUGGGCGGGCGCUGACGGGCGCGGCGCUGCUCGGGGCGUUCCGGAAGGAGCGCGAGGCCGUUCAGCUCAACUUCAACGGGCGGGGCGAGCUGGGCUCGAUGAUUGUCAUCGCCGACACCGCGGGUAACGCGAAGGGCUACGUGACCAACCCGCACGCGGACCCCCCGCUGCGCCCCGACGGCAAGCUGAACGUCGGCGCCGCGGUCGGCACGGGCGUCCUCUCCGUCGUGCGCAGCCACCCUCUCAUGAAAGAACCCUUCACGGGCGUGGUCCCGAUCCGCACGGGCGAGAUCGCAGAGGACAUCGCGCACUACCUCGCGGACUCCGAGCAGACGCAGAGCGCCGUCGCGCUCGGCGUCAGCCUGGGCCGCGACGGCUCCGUGCUCGCCGCGGGCGGCUUCCUCCUGUCGGUGCUGCCGUUCGCGGAGGACGAGACCCUCGACCAGCUCGAGAAGAACCUCUCCGGCCUGCCGUCCGUCAGCGAGCUCCUCAAGAGCGGCGGCACGCCGGCCACGCUCACGGAGACGCUUCUGACCGGGCUGGGUCCUGUGUCCUACGUCGGGGAGCUGGCGCCGCAGUACGGCCCGUGCGACGAGGAGGACUUGAAGGUGCGGAUGAAGCGCGCGGUCGCGACGCUGGGCCGCAAGGAGGUGAGGUCGAUUAUCGAGGAGGAGGGGUUUCUGGAGCUGACGUGCGAGUUCUGCCGCCACACGUACCGCAUGGGGGACGCGGACAUCGAGGAGGUGCUCAUCCGCGCGGAGGAGUUCGAGUCCACGUGA